CACGCAAAACGUCCCCCAAGCAACGUCAUUGACUUGGCAUGUGAAGCAGUGCAGCAGUGCACGACAAAUACAUGUAUGAAAUCCGCUGUUGUGAUCAUCACGCUGACUUCAGAAAGCAAAAAACUGCGCAAGUAUCGUCGUCAAGACCACCGGAGAGCUUCUCGCCUAAGAUCUCAACGCAAAUGAACGCGCUGUUUUCGCUUGCCCUCAUUGAACCAUGAAAAAUCUUGCACCAACUUGGUUCGUCGCAGCUUACGACGCCUGGCUCAGAUGCGCAAAGCGUGAUGGAUGAGUGUCAUUUCGGAGUCGAUACGAUCGCGCUGCAUCGUCGACCCCAUUGUAAAGUUUUCGUAGUUAACAACUGGUACUUCCACUGGUAGCCCUGGUAUUGGAUGCGGCUGGCCUAUCUGCCAAUGUAAGUUGCGAAGCGCAACACGAGCAGUGUAUGACUGAUGAAGAUCUGCACCCCUAUCGGUACGGAUAUUUUGUCGUUGGAGCUCCAGCACAAAUAUUAGACAAUGGCGCUGGAAAUUUGGCAUGGGGGGGGGUUGCCAAUGGAACGUUAUGCUACAUGCAUUCACUGGGUUGGGAUACAAUUGACCAAGCGUCUGCUGCUCACAAUGCAAUUCAAGACGCACUAGUUCAUCACCGGACGUUGGUAGAUUUGCCCAAUCCACCUGAAUUUAUCAAUGUCACACUUGUACAACCGAACGGAGCUGAAACAAGUGGAGAAAAAUGGCCUUCUGAGGCAAAUUUGGAACAUGAAUUCGAAGUAAAUUCUCGUGGAAUCCGUCACAAACGACGCGUUAUCAUUCCGAUAGGACUUCUUCCAGCCAAGGUCGACACUUGCUAUGUUAAAUUCUCUCAACUGAACGCUAAGAUCGAGAAGCAGUAUCAAUACAUCAUGCACGCAGUCGAUCUCGCCUUCGUUCAAACGGUUUGGAAAGCUCAAGGUGCAACUCUAAAAAGAGUUGCGUUAUUACUAGAGGAUUCACAGCCGAAACCUGUUUGGGCAUUCGAACAUCUUUACGUCGGAACCACGCGCGUCCAGACUGCAGACGGACUUCGUUGUCUCCCUCUCACGUCUUCGUAUAAUCGGAACAAGCUACUUAGCUUACGUCCCAACAUAUACACAGUCAAGUGGUUGAUGAGCAUCGACGAAACGGUUUCUGGAAAGCAAGAGAAUAAUGGAAUUCAUUACCGUACAUAAUAAAAGAAA